AUGAUGAAUCGUCAAUUCAAUAGCUUGGAACGAAUGGCUCGUCGGAUACGACUGUUGGCUGCUGAAGUCACUCGUAGUGAAGAUUGGUGGGAUGCUGAUGGGGUUCCGCAGUGUCCGGAAGCAUGCUACAAGCACAAGGAUUUCGCGACCAACGCCGAGACUAGCGCCUGCAAAGGGGUGCCGUUUGACAUGUCUCUGUGGCCAACGUUGUGCCAAGGUGGUGGUGCUGGUGGCGACUGGGGUCAGCGCAUCGACGAGGAUGCCAUGAUUUCAAGCAUCAACGAGGAACAGGUGGUGAUGGUGGCGCAUGAAAUUGGUCAUGUCUUUGGACUUGCCGAUUUCUAUGAAACUAUCGAUCAGCCAAAUGAGGAUUUCCCUGUCUGCAUCAUGAAGGCAGGAUCCUCAAGGACAGUCACCCCGGUGACGGUUGGAUGCUGCGUCGCGUUCUCGAACGCAUCAAGCCUUGGUUGA